UUUGCAACGACAGACAGUUAGUUGUCAUUCAGGCGCUGUCACGAGCGCACGUUGCGUUUAAAAAUAAAAUAAAAUAUUAUUUACAAUGAUGUAAAAAAAGUGACGAGUGAAAAAUGAUUAUAAAAUAUUUAUAAAUAUAUAAAAAUCGUGUAUGUGAAAUUAGAACGUGAUGGCCUGGAUUCUUCUCUGCAUUCUUUUGGUUUCUUCGUUCCAGGCAUCAACAAAUGGCGCUGAGAUAGAAGAAUAUCGUUCGGUGCGAGAGGACGAGAGAUCCACCAACCAAAAACCGAAUGUUGGUAUCAUAUUUGCUGGACUGACGUCACGAUCUGGUAACGGCAACGAUGAUCUCAUAAUUCCCGAAGAAUGCAAGAGAAUUGGUAUUUGUGAAGACAUACCGAAUUAUCCAGAAGAUUUAGUGGCUGAUUUAGUUCAAGAAGUUAAAUACAGGAAUAGUUUGAAGUUCAACAAGGAUGUGCUCGACAUCCCACAGAUAGCUGAACGAAUCGGGCCUGAGGAGGAGACGAUAGAAUUGUGCAAUUCAGUAGAAAGGAUAUAUGCCCCACGAGCCGCUCAAGAUACGAAUAAGGAGUGGCAUGUCAUAGUGAAUGACAAGAAAACGCCGCAACAGACAUUCAGAGUAGAAGUAUGCCAAAACAAAGAUGCAUCGUGCUCUAGCAUAGCGUUUUUCCAAAAUCGCUACGAAGCACGUUGUGUUCAGAAGUUCAUGUUACGAAUGAUGGUGGCUGUAAACAGAGAAAACGAACUAGUUGAAAGACCUUUCCAAGUGCCCAGUUGUUGUUCUUGUGUUGUGAAAGUGGUGUCAUAAAAAUAUGUGGACAAACAAAAGAAUUUCAAAGGACGAAUUCAACAAACGUGAUAUCGUUUCAAAUGUGCUAUUUUUACUAUUUUUUUUUAAUUAUAAGAUAAAUAAAAUGUUAUAAUUUCAAACUA